AUGGAGAAGGCCAAAGAGCAGAAUGUUAGGUUUAAUCCUGGUAAAAUUCAGUACAGACAAAAAGAAGUAAAAUUCCUGGGACACUUGUGGUCAAAAAAUAAAACCAAAGUGGAUCCAGAAAGAGUUCGAGCAAUAAAAGCAAUUAAAGAACCAAAAACAAAAACACAACUCCAAAAAUGUUUGGGUAUUUUUAACUAUCUGAGAAAAUUUAUUCCUCAGAUGGCUACAAUUGCUGCUCCACUCUAUGAAUUGCUGUCUAAUGCUGUUCUUUAUAAAUGGAUGCCUACACAUGCAAAAGCUCUUCAAACUCUAAAAGAAAGUAUUUCGAAGGCCCCUGUCUUGGCUACAUUUGAUAGCAAAAAGCCAAUUAUAAUUCAAGCGGAUGCCAGCCAGUAUGGACUGGGCUGCUGUCUCUUGCAAGAUAAAAAACCUGUAGUUUUAGAUUCCAGAAUUCUCACUGAAACAGAAAAGAAUUAUGCUCAGAUUGAGAAAGAAAUGCUGGCUUUGUGCUAUGCUGCCCAUAAGUUUGAAAAAUACAUUUGGGGUAUGCCUGAUGUAUUGUUCCAAACUGAUCACCAACCUUUGAUUCAUAUUUUCAAAAAACCUAUUUACAAAAUAACCAACAACAGGUUGAAAAAAAUGAGGCUCAAAUUACUCAGAUUCCAACCUAAAGUUGAAUAUUUACCGGGUAAAUAUAUGCAUAUAGCUGAUUUACUGUCUAGAAAUUGCCUGGAAGAUCCUGUAGAGGAUGAUCCAGAAAUGGUUGAGGUUGUACAUGAGGUGACAAAAUAUAUUGACAUGUCACUCAAUGUCAAGGCUGAUCUGGUGAGAGAAACAGCAAACGACCCAGGUUUGUCAGCUGUGAUGCAAUAUUACCAGGAAGGUUGGCCUAAAAAUAACAAAGUUAUUGUUAAUGAGGUAAAACCAUAUUGGAAACUGAGAAUGGAUAUCUUUGUAGAAGAUAAAUUGAAAAUAGGAAUUGAUAUAUUACAUUUUAAUUCCAAAGAUUUUUUGGUUGUUGAGGACUACUUGUCAAAAUGGUUAGAAAUAAAACCACUGUCAAGUAAAAGUAGUAAAGCUGUAAUAGAUGCACUGAGAUCUAUUUUCUCUACUCAUGGUAAUCCACAAAUAAUAUUUGGUGAUAAUAAUCCACUCAAUUCACAUGAGUGUCAUGAGUUUGCAAAAAGCAUGGGGAGUGUGAUUAAAACCAGUUCACCUGAAUAUGCUAGAAGCAAUGGACUGGCUGAAAAAGGAGUUCAUAUUGCUAAACAAAUGCUUAAAAAAUGCAGUGAUUCUGGUACGCAUAUUCUGGAUGCUCUCAAGGAGUAUAAUAACACACCUUUAACGGGUAUGAAUGUGUCUCCAGCUGAAAUACUUAUGAGUAGAAAGUGUCGUACUUUAGUCCCAAUACUAAACAAAAAUCUCGAACCAAAAGUUGUGAAGGUUAAGCAAGUGCUAAAAAGAUUGCAAGAUAAAGUAAAAUCUCAACAUGACUUGCAUGCUAACCGUAAACCUAUACACUUUUCGCAAGGUGACAGUGUGGUUGUCAGACGAGGAAAGAAAUGGCAGAAAGGGAAUAUAGUUCGUAAACUUUCUGGUAACAGAAGUUACGUAGUUGAACUAUUAGGGGGAGGUCAGUUACGCAGAAAUACAUGGCAUUUGAAACAUUCUAGUACCAAACCGGACAGAGUUGAUGCUAGAGAAAAUAAAGAAAUUGAUGCUGAUGCAAUUCUCGCCAAUAUUAGAGCUGGUGAAAAGAAAGUGACCAUUAACCCUAACCCUACUGUUCGUGCUGUUUCUGUUCCAGCAGCUCAAGGAUUGAUGACAUUUGAGUCACGACAAACAACAAGAUUUGGUCGGAAGAUCCUAAAACCACAUCGUUAUGAUGGGAGCUGUUAA